GCGGCCCAACAUGGCGAAGAAACCGAGAUCCCGCAUCAUCAAUGCGCGCCUCAUCUCCAUGGCCAUGACGGGCUUCUUCUACACGUUUAAGCGACCCCGGACGGCCCAGCCUAUGAGCAUGUUGAAAUACGAUCCAAUCGGUAUGCGACUUCCUUUUCCACCCUCUCGCGACCUGUGGUGUUCUUUCGCAGUGGAUGGUAGCUGAUCCGACUUGGCUUUAUUGCAGUACGGAAAAAGGUCCUAUUCCU